CAGGCUAUGUUUUAAAUGUGUUGUCAGAUGAUGUCUAUGAAGACAAAUGUAACAGGUGUUUUUUUUCCCGUAACCCAUGCCCGAAGGAUAUGUUUAUUGAUUGAAAAUAAUAUAUUGGAUAUUCUAACGUGGACGUUUUCACUUUGGCAGGGUUGUGGAUUUUUCGUGGCAAUUAAUUAACGAAUUAGAUGGUUCGAGUAAAAUCAAUGUAGCCUACCUGAUAUUGCAUCAGCCCACUAUAGUUUCUGAAUAGCUUUAAUCAUGCAAGUGUGUGUAUUUUUCUCACUUUGUCAAGCUGAUAAAUUAACGAACAUCUGAUCAGUGCUGCAGCAUUUUCCCCAUUGCCAUCAUCUGUAUAACAUCCCACAUUCCCUGCAAUGAUUGUGCAUUAUUGGCUCAGCUAAUGUUUCUGUUGUCCUAUAUGUUCUUGCUAUCAAGAGUCCACAACAUGAUGUAUUUUCCUCCCUCAUUAGUUAAAACCACAGAACCUUUGUCAAUAAUAAUACAGCAGCUUUUAAUUUUGUUUUCCCAUGACUUUGGUGGAGCUGGUGCAUUGAUUGACAUGGCAUGGAGACAUCCCUCCAGCAGGAUGUACAUUUUUUCUUAUCACUUCCUCCAAGCCUUAAUGCACAUUAGCCACGAUCAUGAUAAAGGAGAGUAUUUUUUUGCUAAAGCAGACAACUGGAAGAAGGUUAAGCAAAAAUGCUGGGGGUGUGAAUGGUUAUGAUGUAGCCUAUAAUCUUCAGCAUUGGAAAAAAGCUAUACCACUGCUUUUAACUUGGCAGUCAUCGGACCAACCUCCCAGACCCUACCUCUUCAACAUUCUGCCGCUGUCUCAGGCAAAGUUUACCAAACCGAAAACAAAUGAGGAGAAGGCGGCUGCUGUGAGAAAGAGGAAGACUGACUAAGUUACAGUAAAACAUUAUGUCAGGUGUCAUGAUUGUGGUGGCAACUUCCUGUCUUGGAUGUCUUCAAUUGACAAUAUCACUCUUUCCUCAAGUCGUACCAUGGGGUUUGGCAAAUGGUAUUUUGUCUAAAAACAAGUCAAAGCAGCUGAGUUUGUGGGAUGAAAGCGCAAAGAAAGCAAAUAAUAAGAAAAAACAACCAUGCCGAAGAAUGACCAGCUGGUCUAUAUCUGCCUGGAGCUGGUUAUUGCCAUCUUGUCUGUGGCGGGAAAUGUGCUGGUCUGCUGGGCUGUCUGCCUUAACUCCAAUCUGCAGAGCAUCACCAACUUCUUUGUGGUUUCACUGGCAGUGGCUGAUAUUGCUGUGGGACUGCUGGCAAUACCCUUUGCUAUCACUAUAAGUACCGGCUUCUGUGCCAACUUCUUUGGCUGCCUGUUCAUCGCUUGCUUCGUCCUCAUACUCACCCAGAGCUCCAUCUUCAGUCUGCUGGCCAUCGCCGUCGACCGCUACAUCGCUAUCAAGAACCCACUCAGGUACAACAGCCUGGUGACAGGGCAGAGGGCAAAGGGCAUCAUCGCCCUGUGCUGGGUUCUCUCAGUGGGCAUCGGCCUGACACCAAUGAUGGGCUGGAACAGAGGUUGGAACACAACCGCCCCAACCAGCAGCAGAAUCUGCCCUGAAGGUUUGACCGAGUGCCUGUUUGAAGGAGUGGUAACCCUGAACUACAUGGUCUAUUUCAAUUUCUUCGGCUGUUUGCUGGUGCCUUUGUUGGUCAUGCUGGUUAUCUAUGCCAAUAUCUUCAUGGCCGCUCGACGCCAACUCCGGCUGAUGAGUCUCAAAGUCGCACACACGCCUGCUCCUGGAGUAAUAACCUCAUCAACGAGCUCAUCUCGUUCCACCCUGCAGAAGGAAGUUCACGCAGCCAAAUCGCUGGCCAUCAUUGUCGGUUUGUUCGCAUUGUGUUGGCUUCCGCUGCACAUCAUUAACUGUUUCAACCACCUGUGUCAGGACUGUGGGCGUGUACAUAUCUGGGGGAUGAACAUUGCCAUCAUCCUCUCCCAUGCUAACUCUGUGGUGAAUCCCUUCAUCUACACUUAUCGCAUUCGGGAGUUCAGGCAGACCUUUCGAAGGAUUCUGUACCAGCAAAUCCUUGGGCAGAGGGAUGGUCGUUGGUUUGGGGAUAAUUGUGGUGAUGGCAGAGGUGUUGGGAUCAGCAGUUUCAUACGGACUUCCUCUCGUAUCAGCAAAGAGGGUUCAUCGAGUGGUACAGUAGUGAACAGUUACGUCCUGGACUCCAGUCCUGAGCGAUCUUCGCCAAAAGCUGCUCAUGGAGCCUCUUGCCAUUGGACAUCAAAUUUAGACACUGCACCAGGGAGCUACAUACCCAACGGACAGCAGAUGAAAGGUAGCCACCUUCAACAAAUGCAGCAACCAUGCACUGGCUUGGCUGCUCGUGAUGGAGUCCAGUCGGUCUCAUAUCUGAAGGGAGCAACAGAUGUUUUGGAGGUGAAAGACAAUGAAAAUUGCAUUGCAUUUGUAAAUGUUCAGGCUUUCUCUCUUAAACAGACUGACUGCAAACAUUCAACAGAGCUCACGAAAGUCUCAUGACAAAGAUAUUUAGGUAUUUGAAGGGGACAUAUUAUGCUCAUGUCAUACUUGUGUUUUGGGUUUUCUAAUAGAACAUGUUUACAUGCCUAAAUGUUCAAAAACACAUAAUAUACCCCCAACUAUCUUUGUGAAUAUACUUGUUUCCAACCUUUGUCUGAAAUGCUCUGUUUCACCGAAAGAGCCCAAUCUCCUCUGACUGACCUGCAGGUAAAGUGGCAAGGGGAGUGAAUCUGAAUGGCUUCUUGAAUCCUAUGUUUUCUGAUCGAGGCAGCCACCUGCUACGGUCUAUUAUUUCCCAGUUUUUGAGUGUAUUCAUUUCAGGAACCAAUAUGUGCACAUGGUUUAAUGAUAUGUCCUCUUUUAAAUAUUUGUAUAUUGCCAGAAAACGUAUACCAGUCUAAAACAUGACAAUAUGAAAAAGGAUUAAUAUAGCCUUGAUAAAUCCACUGUAUCCUGUAAGUAUCUGGUACUCUCUUUUUGUUGCCAACUUACUUUUUCUUAUCAACCAAUUUGGAGUUGGAUCAAAUCUGAAAACUCACAGCAGACAAUAGCAGGUGGAUGUUUAAAGUAAGCUUAUACUUGCAUUGUAUGGACAUGCAGUACAAUAACAUACAUAACAUAUAACAUACAUGCUUUUUCACCUGUACUGUAUCUUGCAUUUAUAUGUUUAUUAGACAUUAAAUAUUUGAAACCUUGAA